ACCCUUGUUCCACCGCCGGUCCGCCGCCGUUCCCCACCUCCGCUCCUGCUAGCCCCUCUCUCCUCCUCGACGGUGAAACUCUACAGGCUAGUGUAGGCCGCACGAAAAGCCCAGCGCAGUACUGCUCCCAUGGGGAAGAGCAGCAAGAAGAAGAAUAAGGUCAUCCUCGCGCCGCCGCUGCCGCCGGAAGUCGAUGAAGACGACAUCGUCAUAUCCGACGAGGAUGUCGAAUUCGUCGAGAAGAACCCAAAGCAAGCCCGCAAUAUCGCCAGGCUGGACAAAGAUGCCAUCGACGGUUUUGUCAAAAGGGUCGCCGACCACGACGACGACAAGGUCGAGCUCCUCUACGAGGAGCGCGAGCGCAAGAGGAGGGCGGCCGAAGCCCUCAAGCCCAGGAACGGCGACGAUAUCGAGGUGGACCCCGUCGACGCGCUCCCUGUCAAGACUCUGGACGGGAAGGUGGUCUACAGACCAGCCAAGAAAGCAAGGUCUGGUGACGAAGCUAAUGUCGUUAAAUCUAGAUCUGAAGACAAAGGGGCUGGUGCCGCCCAAGGUUCCCAAAAAGAACCUGAGGGUAGAUCCAACAAAAAGGAAGAUAGUAAACUGCAGAAUGUGCAAUCUCCAACUGAAGUUCCCAAGGAAAAUCUGCACUCAGUAGUGUUGGAAGAGGUGAAAGAAGAACUUUCAUCUGAUGAAUUGUUUGAGAAAAAGAAGGCCCAGCUUGCUGAACUAGGGAUGGCCUUGCUUGAAGACCCAGAGUCAAACAUUAGAUCCCUGAAUGAUCUGUUAAUCUUAUGCAACGACAUGGACCAGAAGGUUGUUAAACUUGGUAUAAUGUCCUUGCUUGCUGUGUUUAGGGACAUAAUUCCCAGUUAUCGGAUUAGGCAGCUGACAGAAAAAGAACUUGCUGUAGAAGUUUCAAAAGAAGUGAAGAAGACGAGAUAUUAUGAAUACACGCUUAUUCGCUCCUACAAGGCAUACCUACAAAAACUGAUAUCACUGGAGAAGCAACCAUAUUUCUAUCUUGUGGCUGUUCGUUGCUUGUGUAGUUUAUUAGAUGCUGCGCCGCACUUUAACUUCCAUGAAAGCUUACUGGCUAGUGUGGUAAAAAAUUUAAGCUCCUCGAAUGAUGUAGCCAGGAAACUAUGUGGUGAGGCGAUAAGAUCUCUAUUUAGAAAUGAAGGAAAACAUCGUGGUGAGGCAACCAUUGAAGCAGUAAGAUUGAUAGCAGCCCAUGUCAAGCUCCAUGAUUGCCAGCUCCAUCCCGAUAGCAUUGAGGUCUGCUUGUCUUUGAAGUUUGAUGAAGACCUUGGAAAAGAUGAUAGCAAAGAAGACAAGCUGAAACCAAAGAAGAAUAAACGAUAUCAGAAUCGGGAUGUCGCAAAACCGAGUGAGAAGAAGAAAAUAAAAAAGGAGAUGCUUUCUAAGGCCAGACAAGAGGUUCGUGCAGAUCUUAGAGCUGUUUCGUUUACUCUUGAUCCAAAGGAGAAAAAAAUGAUACAAAGGGAAACUCUUGCAGCUCUGUUUGAGACCUAUUUUCGAAUUUUGAAGCAUAGCAUGAACAAUUCAAGGUACAAGGCCACCAGUGUCUUUCCUGGUGGCUCGCACCCUUUACUUGCUCCAUGCUUGGAGGGCUUAGGAAAAUUCUCCCAUUUAAUUGAUUUGGAUUUCAUGAGUGAACUUAUCGCUUGCCUUAAGAAGCUUUCUGGGUAUACAGACCAUCAAGGUGAAAUUCCGCCAGAUAAUGCACUCUCUGUGUCAGAACGUCUGCAAUGCUGCAUAGUUGCUUUCAAAGUCUGGAGGAGCAAUCUUGAGGCUUUGAACGUAGACCUGCAGGACUUCUUUGUGCAGCUUUAUAACCUUAUACUGGAGUAUCGGCCUGACAGAGAUCAUGGAGAGGUUUUGGCCGAAGCUCUGAAGACACUUCUGUGGGAAGGCAAGCAGCAGGAUAUGCUAAGAGCAGCUGCUUUCAUUAAACGUCUGGCCACAUUUGCUCUGUCAUUUGGCUCUGCAGAAGCAAUAGCAGCCUUGAUCACGCUGAAGCAUCUCCUCCAGAAGAAUACAAAGUGCCGAAACAUGUUGGAAAAUGAUGCUGGUGGUGGUUCCCUGUCCAGCUUAGUUGCGAAAUAUGACCCAGAGGCUAAAGAUCCUUAUUUGAGCGGCGCACUAGCUACAGUCCUUUGGGAGCUUAGCCUUCUUCAGAAGCAUUAUGACCCAUCUGUUUCUGGAAUGGCUUCAAAUGUCCUGAGCAUGGCAAAUCUGAACGCCACUCAGAAUCCAGUUCAACUUUCUAGUGCAAACCCUCUGGAAGCAUACAAAAACUUGUCAAUGGGGCUGGAAUUAUCAAAACCAGCCGGCAAGGUGUUGACGCUGAAGUGCAAAAGGAAACGGCGCAGUAAGGAGUUUGUCGCCCUAAGCCCAGAUGUGCUUCAGAAGGCAGAUUGCACGGUGGGUGAAGAUGUACUCAGAGAGAAGUUGCAAAGUCAUUUUGCGGUGCUAAGAGGCAUUUCAGAGAAUGAGAGACUGAGGACCGAGUUGAACCAUACAUUGUCAUCCAUAAACAUGUAUAAGGAAUACAAGAAGCAGAAAAAGCAAACCAAGAAAUCAAAAACUGGCAGGAAGAAAGUUACAAGGUCAUAGGGAUUGGUCGUUUUCUGUUUGAGGAUCUUUCCCACACCAGCGAUAAAGGUGUACUUCAAUUUUUUCAUAGUGUCACUAUUGAUUUAUUGUAGUCCAUACUAUUUGGUUCCUGUGACACACAUUGUAGUUCAUGUGCAAGAUACGAAGGUUACAUGCUUGAUCUACUUGAUGUUGCUCUUCAA